UACAUUGAAGAAAAGGGUAUUAGAUUGCAGGAAGCAUCGAAAGCCAAGGAAAAAACAAUAACCUUGUACCCGACAAUUUUUAAGGAUGAUAGUUUAACUUACGGUGGAUGUGUCAAAGCUAGAUCAGAGGUUGUGAAGGAACAUUCAAAGGGGAGUAGGAUGGGAUCCUGUCGAUUGGGAUCAUUCCCCAGACUGAAGAUAUGGAAUAUGCAGCAGAUUCGAAAUACAUCGAAGUUGGACAAAUUAGUGACCGGGGACUAUGGGAGGUUAGAAGUAUUGGACGCUGCCUAUGGCGAACAGCACCCAAGGGAGGCACAGGACAGUGUAGCACCCGAGGGUGAGUUCGAUGUAAGUGUUGUAGAUGCAACCAAUUGCUACUGUUGUGAUUGUUGUGCUGAUGCAUUAUGGGUAAAAUAUUGUUUUUAUUUUGUUGCAAAGAUGGUAGCAGAGCCUGCUAUCUCCAAGUCCAAGGUUAGGGAAAGGAGGGGAAGGACCUUGAAGUUAAUAGAAAAUUGCCACAAGCAGUGUUACCAUUUGAGUUUAGACUGCAGUUGUUUAGCAUUAAUUUAUAAGAAUCUUUUUAAUAUUAACUGUAGUAUAAUUUUGGAAAGAAAAACAUUUAUCUAUAUUCAUGAUAUUCUGACAAUUUAUUUUCUGAUGAGCAUGUUUAAGUGUUAUGCAUUAUACAACAUGGAAUUUGACUGA